AUGCCCCGCCCAAGGCUCCCCUUGAACCAUGGCAACUUUGGCAAUAUGCCACACCUGAAUGCCAUGGCUGGCAUGAAAAUUACGGCUGCAGCUAGCCUGGAAACGAGGAUCGAUACUCUCGAGGCAAAGAUGCGACGGGCUGAAAAGAUCAUAACCCAGCUCUGCAAUUCGGCCCCUGGAACCAGGAUACAGCCAGAUCAGUUCCACAGGCCACCAUCCUCCUUACCGACGCCUAAUCGAUCGACCACUACGGCCGUCCAAGGCAUGCAGUCAUCCUCACGACAUGGCUCGAUGUGCUCGCGGGACUCGCGUGCUUCGUUCCUCUUUUUGUGUGCGAGACAACGACAGUGCGACACAGCUCAGUGCCCCUGCCGUAGCAAACAGGCCUACUUCGGAUUCGACAAUACGCGGUGCCGUCAGCCUUCCUACCAUUUCCCAGGGCAAGCUGAGAGGGCGUCACGCCACUCACUGGAAGCUCAAGUGCGCAUGUUGGCACAAAGACUCGAGGCUGUCGCGGCUUCCACGCCAAAGCAGCGGUGGGCCUCAAUGCACGGCGAGCCUCCUCCGACGGCGAGAUCCUUUGGUGAUGUUUCAGCAUUUGAUCAGCAAACUCCGGAAUACGAGUAUGGAAACGGACACAAGAAUCAACCAUUGAUGCCCGAAGACUCGGGGAUUGCAACGGGGGGUCUGGCGGGCGUUGACGAGGACGACUACUCGGAAACAUAUGCCACGCCUCGUGAGGAGCAGUCUCACGGGUACGGUGCAUUUGGGGAAGAGCUGCGCGACGGAGAUGGGGACGAGGACGAUGAAGACGGCCAGCGCAAGAAGGCUGCCAGGACGCUGUCCCUAAGCCAGUUGACGAUGGGCAAGCCUCAUCCCAAGGCCGUCAUUUAA